AUGCCCUUUGGGCUCACCAAUGCUCCACCAACCUUUCAAGGUUUGAUGAAUGAGAUAUUCAGGCCAUAUCUCCAGAGAUUUGUAUUAGUUUUUUUUGAUGAUAUACUUGUUUACAGUAAAUCUGUUGAAGAACAUGUGGGGCAUCUAAGAGCUGUCUUAGAAGUCUUGAGACGACAUCAACUAUAUGCUAAGGCCUCAAAAUGUAUCUUUAGUUGUCAGGAAGUGGAGUACUUGGGCUAUGUUAUCUCCAAAGAAGGAGUCAAGGCAGAUCCAUUAAAAAUUUCAGCUAUGAUGGAGUGGCCUGAACCUAAGAAUCUUAAGGCUCUAAGAGGAUUUUUGGGGUUAACAGGUUAUUAUAGGAAGUUUGUAAAAGGCUAUGGAAGUAUUGCAGCCCCUCUAACUGCCUUACUCAAGAAAAAUUCAUUUAGGUGGGGUGAGCAGGCCAGCCAAGCUUUUGCAGCCUUAAAGGCAGCCAUGGUGACUCCUCUUGUUCUUGCCUUACCAGAUUUUUCCAAAAUGUUCGUGGUAGAAUGUGAUGCCUCUGGAAUUGGAUUGGGAGCAGUCUUAAUGCAGGAAGGGAGGCCUCUGGCUUAUUUAUGCCAAGCAUUAAAAGGUAAAAAUUUGUUCUUAUCCACUUAUGAAAAAGAAUUUUUGGCUCUUGUGUUGGCAAUUCAAAAAUGGAGACAUUAUCUACUGGGACACACGUUUAAAGUAAGAACUGACCAGCAAGCUCUAAAGCACCUUUUGGAACAGAAGAUUGGAACUCCUUUUCAACAAAAGUGGAUAACAAAGCUAUUAGGCUUUGAUUUUAGUGUGGAAUAUCGUAGUGGGAAAGGAAAUAAAGCAGCAGAUGCUCUAUCCAGGUUACCAGACCAGGGGAAUACUACAGAAUCAAAAGGAGUUAUGACUAACUGUGGAGAAGCCAAGGCCAUUAGUAUGGUUACUGUUAAUUGGUGGGAAGGACUUCGUCAAGUUAGAAGGGGGUUUUUAUUCUACAAAGGGAGGCUUCAUUUGGGAACCUUAAAGAUGCAGCAGGAGCAAGUCAUGCAGCAAUUCCAUAGUAGCCCUAUGGGAGGGCAUACUGAGAACCUCAAACCAGCUGGGGCUUUGCAACCUCUGUCGAUACCAAGUAAAGUAUGGGUGGAUAUUAGUAUGGACUUCAUAGAGGGGUUAUCGUUGUCUAAGGGAUACAGUGUAAUCAUGGUGAUCGUAGACAGGUUUAGCAAGUACAGUCAUUUCAUACCCAUAGCACAUCCAUAUACAGCAGCAACAAUAGCAAAGGCAUUUAUGGAAAACAUAUUCAAAUUACAUGGUAUACCGCAAAGUAUAGUCAGUGAUCGGGAUGCAAUAUUCACAAGUAAUUUUUGGAAAGAAAUCUUCCAUUUAAGUGGAACCAAGUUACUAAUGAGUUUAGCAUAUCAUCCUCAAACCGACGGGCAGACAAAGAUAAUGAACAAGUGGCUAGAAGGGUACCUCAGGUGUUUUACCAGCGAUAGACCCAAAGAUUGGGCCAGUUGGCUAUCCCUAGCCGAGUGGACAUACAAUACUUCAAAGCACUCCUCCACGAGGUUUACUCCUUUUGAGAUUGUUUACGGACAAGAACCACCACGACUCCUUCCAUAUAAGCCUGGGACCACGGCGGUGCAAGCAGUUGAGGACGAAAUGAAAAGUCAAGAUUUUAUCCUUACCCUAGCACGGGAAAACCUGCAAGAAGCUCAAACAAGAAUACAGAUGACGGUGGCAGUGAGAAGGAACUUGAAGCUUUCUCCAAGGUAUUUCGGGCCUUUCCAAGUUAUUCAAAAAAUUAGAAAGGUUGCAUACAAGCUCGAUCUACCCAAAGAUUCCAAAAUUUAUCCAGUAUUCCAUAUCUCCUGCCUCAAGAAGAAGAUUGGAACUCAAUUAAAUCCUAACCCUAAGCUGCCGACAGUAAUGGAAGAAGGUACGCUGACCCCUGAACCAGAAAAAAUAUUGGAUAGAAGGCUCAAGAAAAAAGAAAAUCGAGCAGGAGUUGAUUUUCUAGUUCAAUGGAAGGGAGCUAACGAGGAAGAUGCCACCUGGAUAGAUGGAGAAAAGCUGAGUCAGACCUAUCCCGAACUCGUGGGCGAGUUCUUCUGA